CUGUGAAAGUUUAAAAUUAGGCAACACAUAAGUCAUUAUGUGACGUCAUUAUGGCCUGGUUGGGUUAGGUUUGCUGGAAAUUUUUGUUAAUAAUCUUGUAUUUUAGUAUAUUAUAUGUUGUGCUACUUAUUUUAGUAUAGUAAUAUAAAUACCACAAAUAGCAGCAGUAAUUCUGGUGCCAAGAAACGUUUGUAUCGGCGACGUUUUGUGGCGAAAAUGAAUCGCCAUGAAGGAGUCAGCUGUGAUUCUUGUUUAAAAAAUAACUUCAGAGGACGACGAUAUAAAUGUUUGAUUUGUAUCGACUACGACUUGUGCGCUGUGUGUUAUGAAUCCGGCGCGGUCACGAAUCAACAUACAACAGAGCAUCCCAUGCAAUGUAUCCUUACAAGAAGUGAUUUUGACCUUUACUAUGCGGGUGAGUCACAAGCUUUGGAACAACCGCAGGCAUACACAUGUCCUUUCUGCAACCGAAUGGGCUUCACAGAUACUGCGCUUAUGGAACAUGUAACGGCUGAACAUGCAGAUACAACUCUUGCUGUGGUAUGCCCAGUUUGCGCCUCACUGUCGGGCGGCGAGCCAAACUUUGUGACUGACGACUUUGCUGGACAUCUCACACUCGAACACCGGACCGGACCCAGAGAUCUCAUCUCUUUUCUCGACGAGCCGAGCGGCAUCCGGCACGGCGGCGUGCGGCGCAUACCCGCCUCCGGCCGCGGCGUCAGUCGCGCGAGGCGCACCAACAUGCAGUUCAGCGAUUGGCACGUUGUUCGCAGCACCGGCGGCGGCAUAUCGUCGCUGUCGCCGUCGUCGCGCGACGCCGUGGUGGACCCCAUCGCGGAGCUCCUCUCGCAGCUGUCGGGCGUGCGGCGCGGCGCCGGCCAGCCCGGCACGCAGAUGCAGCUGCAGCUGGAGCGGCAGCAAGCAACUGCCGCCCGCCAGCAGCUGGAGCGCCUGCCGCGGCGCGCUGCCACCUCGUCCAGCAGCGCCGCCGCGCCCCCGCCCGCCGCGCAGCCCGCCGCGCCGCCGCCGCACCCGGACGUCUCCGAGUACACCUUCCUGCUCUCAGCCUUCCUAGAUGCGACAAGCUCUGCUAGCAACGAGGAGGCGGAGUCCCGUGCGGCGCUGCUCCGCGGGCUGAUGCUGGCGUCGCUGGGGCGCGCGCCCCCCGCGCCGCCGCCCGCCCUGCCGGCGCCCCCCGCGCCCCCCGUGCAGCCCGCGCCCCCCGCGCACCCAGCACCCCCCGCACACCCCACGCAGCCCGCACAGCCCGCGCAGCCGCCGCCGCGCACCAAGCCGCAGCCUCGCACCAAGGAGGCGGCGGCGCGUGCGCACCCCGGCGCGCGGCAGCUACCCGAAGGUAGGUAGGAGCGCCGCGCGGCGAGCCCCCGCCCGCCCCGCGCCCCGCGGCCCCGCCAGCCCAGCUAGACCCGCGCGCACCCCGCGGCACCCCGCGACACCCCGCGCAACCCCGCGACAUACCUACACAGGGAUCGUGAACUACACUAACAGGGCCACAAUUAACUCUAUCAUACUAUUGAACUAUUGAAUAGGGUUGCCACAUUGCCUUUACCACGAUAAUCGCGAUAGCUUUAUUUUUAACACAAAACACCCGAAGUAUUUGGUUUUGCGUGUUUAUAUCAUACAACCAAAAGUUGAUGUAGUUUGUAACACUAAACUGUGAAGUUUGCGAAAUACUCACAUGUGCAGAUUCGAGCUUGUAGCAUACUUCACAGUCUUUAUUUUUCAUCAAACAUUGGCAUGUUGUUAACAAAUUAUGUCCACAAUGAUAAGUCAACAUAAAAUUUAAUGUUGACCAGGAUUGACGAUUCUUGGUACUGUUUAAAAAAAAUACUUAAACACAGUAAAAUUUUACUAAAAACAAAGAAUAAUUAUAGAAACAAAAUGUAAUUACUUUAAUUAUUUAAAUUUUGCGUUUUACGAUAAUAUACUAAUAUAAAGGAUGUUACGAAAUAAGUUGUGUGCUCCUUCUCUAAUGAAAUUUUGAUCGAAAUUAUGUAAAAGAGUCGUAUCCCAAAUAUUUUGUGACGUGUGUAAACUCUUCCAAGCAGCUGACGUGCAGCUGGUCAGUGUCCAUCGUGCCCCUACUAUGAAUUACAAGGUCUUAUGGUUAUUAAGUGGUAUUUACCGAAGUGUACUAUAAUAGUACCGUAACCGUAACCGUACCACGGUGCGCUGUAAGUGUGUGCGGGUCGCGAAACGAAAAGGUCUCGAAGUGUUCCCGCGGGCGAGAACUGAUCGACUUUACUUGUAUCUGUAUCGUAUCACACCGUACGCCAACUACGAAGAAACAUUCGGCAACGAAAUUGUAGUAAAACAUUUAGAUAUAUUGCUGAAUAUUUCAUUCGAAGUUAAAUUUUUUAUGCACUUCACUGUAGUGGAUGCGGUCCGAUGCGAGCAGUGUUAGCAGUGCUUAACAGCCGCCACAUAUGUGUGUCAGAAACGAAGUCAAAUGCCGAUAAAUUGUUACGUAGCAUAAACAUAUGACACGGAGAUAUUUUUAAAAUGUUACAGUUUGGCUUUAAUUCGAAUACGUCGAACUAGAAAUGUAUCACCCAAAUCUGUCAAAUAUCACUCACAGUAUCAAAAUUACUCGAGCGUAGUAUACUAUGACGUGUCAAAUUACAACUGUUGGAAAGGAAAGGUGUACAUAAUAGUUGAGAUUUAACAAUAAAUUUGAUUGUGAGAAUGUAAUGUAUGGGCAUGUGAUGACGUCACCGCCGGCGGGCUGCGCACGCGCCGCUGCAGCGACAGUGGGGGUCAGGCCGGUGAUACAUCACUAACUGGACUUUCAUUGUUUUUGCUAACACUUAUUAGUGGAUGCUUAUGUUUGUUUUGUUGGCUUUCGAAAUAUCAGUGUGAUUUUCCUUUAAUAUAGAAAAUAAAUAGAUAUGGAAUGUUUUUAUUGACUUACGUAAGGUCAAAACGAUCAUCGAAUAAACAGCUUGAAACAAAUAUACACAUAUUUUUUUGGUUUGUUACAUGCCGGAGGUGUUACUUUUAAUUUAUAUUUCACGGUUAAUUUUCAAAAUGUUUUAUGCAUUAGCGAUUUAGUUUAAAAUAUUUAAUAUUGUAAAUUAAGUUAAAUGUGUACAAUAAUUUAUAGAUAAUGCAUAUGUAUAAAGUGUUUGAUGUAAUGCCUUAUCAUUAAAGUCACUCAUCUAAAAUUUCAUUGUUUGAGAUAAUGAAGAAUUAACUUACAUUCAAAUUGUCACUAGCUACUCAACGGAAGUGCUUCUUAGUAUGGUAAUUAUACUCCAGCAUUACAAAAUGUUUGUAUGUACCCUAAUUAAAUUCUAUAAUAUUUAAAA